UAACUGUCAAACUGCAAGAGGAGGAGGCCAGCGACAGACAAGAGCAGCGUGGAUAGAAUGGGAUCAAGUGUGCUGUGUGGUAGUGAGCGCCCUGAGCCCUGCCAAGCAGGAUAGGCUUCCAGUUCCAGGGAGCUGCUGCAAGUAGCACUUGCCCAGUUGCCCUCGUUUAAUUGCAUACACAUAAAUUCUCUCCGUCCAAAAAGGCAAAAACACAUCCUCCCGAGAAGUUCUGUUUGGCCUUUUAAUCUUGGUGUACUUCAAUUUUUUUUUGUUUCUUGGACUCAUCUUCUUGUAAGGUUGCGUUCUGAGCUUCUGAUUGGAGGCCGCCAUGGAUGAGGUCCCGGGAAGAAGUAGCUCCGUGAGAGCUACAAGGAGCAUCUUUGGCGAAAGCAUCGGUGGGAGGAAGCCGGAGACGAACAGGGCAAGGAAUGUUCUAGGACAACAGCAGAAUUUGUCACCGGAGAUCAAGCAGCUAGCAAAAUCCACCACGGGUAAGCUCAAUGAACGCAAGGCCGCCGUGGACAGAGAAAGAGCCGGCGCCGAGUCCGAGCUGUCGAGGGCGCGCGCCAUGGCGAAGGAGCUGGAGCGCCAAAUCGAGCAGGCCAAGGCCAGGGCGUCGUCCAAGAGGUCCGAGCCCCACGCAUUUCGGGCGACCAGGGCAAGCAGGAAGGGACCGGAGGAUGCGCGGAGCUCGCAGUCGCAGGAGGAGCGCGACGCUGCCGAGUACGCGGAGGUGUCGCGGGAGCUGGACCGUGCCAGGCGGGAGCUGCUCAGGCUGCGGCUGGAGGUGAAGGCCGCGGCGGAGGCCAAGACCAAGGCCGAGAGCGACAUCGUGGCGUCGGCGAUAAACAUCCAGUCCAACCUGCGCGCCGCCGACGAGAUGAAGCGGCUGGUGGACGAGGCGAACGAGGAGCACGUCCUGGUGGAGCUCGCGCGCAUCGAGGCCGAGCGGGAGCACCGCGAGAUCGACGCCCAGCGGCGCGCCGACGCCGAGCGGUUCGCCGGGGAAAUGGAGGCCACCAGGGCCAAGAUCGAGGCGCUGCGGAAGGACGUGAGCCGCGCGCGGGAGAUGGAGGCGAAGCUCGCCGUGACGAACGCCGACGUGGAGGUCCUGCAGGCCGAGAUGGAGCUGGUCCGCGCCAUGGAGAGGAACAGUGUCAAGAACGACGACACCGCGGGUGCGGAGGCUGAGGACAAGGCACUGCUGCAGACUGCGGAGGCCGAGCUGGACGCGGCCAAGAAAGAGCUGGAGAGCAUCAAGGCCGGGAGCUUCCAGUUCAUGACGUCCAUGGACAGCGCGCGCACCGAGAUCAUGCGAGUGUCCGAGGAGGUGAACCGGCUCAGGGAGCAGGAGAAGAAGGCGGACGCGCAGGUGCAGCAGCUGAACGCCAAGCUGCUGAAGGCGAGGGACCGGUUGGAGGCCCUCACGGCGACUAACGAGCGGUCCAAGGCGAUCGUUUCAAGCAUGACGUCGGCGCUGCAGCAGCUGCGGGACGAGAAAGAGGCGGCGAGGAAAGAGGAGGAGCUGACCGAGCUUGAGCAACUGUGCGUGCGCGCCGAGACCGAGAACGUGAACGCCGAGAUCGCCGUGACCGAGGCACGGAUACAGCAGUCCGUGAAGGAGCUCGAGGCGGCGAAGGCGGCCGAGGCCAAGGCGAUGAAGAAGCUCAAGGCCGCCGUGGAAGGCACAAUGCGGGCGAGGGCGUCACAGGGGUCGCGGACCAUAACCAUCUCGCGGUUCGAGUACGAGUACCUGAGCGGGCGCGCGGCGCUGGUCCGCGUGGUGGCCGAGAAGAAGGUGUCCGCGGCGCAGGCGUGGGUGCAGGCGAUCAAGGCAGGCGAGAAGGAGCUGGCGGCGCGCGCGGAGGCCGCGGAGCGCGUGACAGCCGAGCUGCGCGCCAGGGAGGCCGAGGCGGCGGCGGAGGCGGAGAGAGCGGCGGGCGAGCAGAAGGCGCUGGAGCAGGAGCUGUACGACCUGAACGCGGCGGCCGAGCGGGACGGACUGCUGUGCGCGUACCCGCGGCGGCGGUCGACCAGGGUGUCGGCGACGAUGCGGAGGGCGAGGGCGCGGCGGUCGUCCGUGUCGUCAUCGGCGGGGAUCCGGAACCCGCGGACGCCGUCGUUCACCAUCAAGAGGAAGAAGAAGGUGAUGCCCAGCCUCUUCAAGCUCAUCAAGCAGAGGAAAGACAACAGCGCGAGAUGAAUGCGCCUCGCGCCCUCGCCAGAGAAAAAAAUGCAUUUGUCAGCUUUGCUGCUUGUUCAUGUCGUGUCAGGCUCGGCGUCGCUGCGGUGCAAAAUGUACAAAAUUGGCCGUGCUCCCAAAAUUCCAAAAAUUUAUAAUAUUUCUUAUCA